AUGAAUUCCAAAGAGGAAUGGAUUGUCCAGUUCUCAAGACUCUUCAAGAGCCAUGUGGGAUUCGAUACAGAUCCAUAUUUAGAUCUUCAUGAACUUGGAAUGGAGAUUUACUCAGAAGCAAUGGAAGAUACAACCACAACAAAAAGCUCCCAGAACCUUUUCAACAUGGUUGGAUCAAAAUUCCAAGAAAUGUCCGCUUUAGCUUUGUUCAACCUAGGUAACGUCCACAUGAACAAAGCAAGAAAAUCGAUUGUUAUUACAGAAGAUGAUAACACUAGCAAAGAAUCAGUAUCAGAACAAGUGCAAAUCGGAUUCGAAUUCUCCUAA